AUGUACCUCUCAAAAGCGUUCAACAGAGGAGUGCCUCUAUGUAGAUCCAGUGUUUUAUUGAUAGAAAACUUGAAAAGACAUAACCGGUUCCUGUCUUGCUUCUCAGCUGUACGAUUCCAAUGUGUAAAUGAAAGUAGAGAGGAACACACAGAGAAUGAAGGAAAUCCUGCAAGCGAAUUUUAUGAUAUUGUUAUUGCUGGAGCUGGGAUGGUUGGCACAGGAAUGGCAUGUGCAUUAGGACAUAACAAGAUGUUUGAACAUCAAAAAAUCUUGUUAUUGGAAACGGGUAGUAAACCAACAUAUUCUGAUGACCAGCCAGAAGCAUACAGCAACCGGGUGUGUGCACUCAAUCCUCAGACGGUUCAACUUAUGGAAAAGAUAGAUGCUUGGCAACAUAUACAGGAGAUUAGAACAAAGUCAGUUUGUAGGAUGCAGGUAUGGGAUGCAUGCUCAGACGCUCUGAUAACGUUUGACCAGGGUGAUCUCACAAUAAGCGUUGCCCACAUUGUUGAAAAUGAUGUGACGCUGAGGGCGCUUUCUAAACAGCUUGAAAAGACUAAAGUAGAAGUACAAUACAACACCAAAGCAAAGAAAAUUGAGUUCCCAAGUAAAGUCGACCCAUCAGCCUGGGUCAAGAUACAGUUGGAAAACGGGAAGUUUAUUGAAACGAGGCUCCUAAUUGCUGCAGAUGGCAAUAGAUCAAAGAUCAGGGAAGCAGCUAAUAUAAAUCACAUUGGAUGGGAUUAUGACCAGUCUGGUGUUGUCGCAACGUUAAUGCUCUCUGAGCCUGUAGAGAAUACAGUUGCCUGGCAACGUUUUUUGCCUUCAGGACCGAUUGCAAUGCUUCCUCUGACAGAUACAUUAAGCUCAUUGGUAUGGUCUGUGGGCCAUGACAGAGCAAAAGCUUUGGUGUCGAUGCCUGAAGACCAGUUUGUGGAUGCUGUCAAUUCUGCAUUUUGGAAGGAAUAUGAAAGUCAUGAGGUAGUGUAUACCGUCUCCAACGUUGUUGAUAGUCUGUUGAGGUUUGUCAAACCAGAGGGCACUGGUAUUCGACAGCUUCCUCCUAGCAUCAUCGGUGUUAGUGAUGGCAGUAGAGCAAGAUUCCCUUUAGGAUUGGGGCAUGCUUCGUACUAUGUUAAACCCAGAUUGGCUUUAAUAGGAGAUGCAGCCCAUAGAGUUCACCCGCUUGCUGGACAGGGUGUUAACCUUGGGUUUGGAGAUGUCAUGAGCCUGACUUCCAUUCUAGAAGAAGCAUUAAGUAUUGGAGGUGAUGUAGGUUCUAUGUUACAUUUGUGCAAGUAUGAGACUGAAAGGCAGCGGCAUAUUGUUCCCAUUAUGGCAACCAUCGAUGGCUUGAAAAGGCUGUACUCAACUGAUAGACCAGAAGUUGUACUCCUGAGAACUGUUGGAUUAAAGUUAACAAAUGCAAUACAACCACUGAAAGAUCAAUUGAUGACAGGAGCUAGCAGUUGAGCCAAUGAAAUGCCUUGUUAGCAAGAAACAGAGUUGCUUAUUGGUCAAUAUUAACUGAAUAUGCAUAACAUUUGAGACCCCUGAACAUAAAAAAUAUUUACCCAUAAUUUGACCCUGCUAAAUUGCUAAAAAUUAAAGAUAUUUUCUAAGUCGAUUUUCAAUCUAAUUUGCUUUCACAUGAGUAGAAAAAGUAUUUACUUGAACUCAGGAGAAGGGAUUUAAUAGGAACAUGAUGACCCAAAAGGGUUUUUGAAGUGAACAGGGGUCUGCCUUUUGCUGAGUUGAAAAUCAGGCUCCGCAGGGAAAACAUUUUUUGAUAUGUUAUAGAACUUAUUUUAUAAGACAGAAAAAAGUUGUUUGACGAAAAAUUCAAACACACAUUCAAGAUUCAAAAACGUGUUUUUUUUUUGUUUUUUUUUAAAUUACGGUGGUAGGGGUGAGGUGGGCCCCUUUUGUUGGUCUUAAAUUUCUGGUACUAAGCAUUGUUUUUAACUACUUUAGUGAAUUUUUAUGUGCACAGGGAAUUUGUAGUGUGUGGAAGGUUUUAGAAAAAAAAAAUUAUUUUAUUUAUAUAUUUUUACACAUCACAAUUUAAUGCAUACCAGUAAAUUAAAUUUGAUAUCUGUGCUUGCUCCAAACCACUAAUGUACUACUGUUUACCUAUAAUAGUGUAAAAUCAUUUGGUGCUGUAGGCAAUUGAUCAAGAUAAUUCUCAUGGUCAAAGGCACAAAAAUAUUUUUUGCAGGCCUAUCACAGUAGAUGUUGAAAAGUAUCAUCAAUCUUAGCCAAGGCUACAUAAUAGGCAAUAUUAUUAUAUAUUAUAUUGUUGAAAGAUCUGUGACAGAGAAACUAACGACAUGUUAAUUAAAGGUAGAGUACAAUUGCAUUCAAUAGUGAUAUGGCCUAACAAUAUUUAAGAACCUGAAAAAAAUAAAUGUCCUUUUUUUAAAAUACAAAUUUAUCUUAAACAGUAGACGAAGGACUAUAUAAUAAAUAUAAACAUUUACUGUCUUAUAGUAAUAUCCAUUUUUAUUUCUUCAAUAACAUUUAAAAAUACAGGUACAUUAAUUUGAAUAUACUUUUUAUUCAUAAUAUUUGUACAGUAAUUGCCUUAUUCACUAAUAAUACCUAUACACAUAUAAACAUUUGAAUUGCUCAUUUAAAAGAACCACACAAGCUUUAAAAUACUGUAUAGUAUAUACAGUUGAACCUCUGUCCGACCACUUGUCAAAAGCCUGUUUUGUUUCCUAUUUAAUCACUGCAUUUGAUACCUUUAGUAAGAGCCCACCUCUUGUAAGUAACCUCAACCACUUUUGUGCUUAAAAAUUUACCCAACAACCUGAAGCUGAUCUUAAUUGUUCAUGUUUUUGUGUUUUUCCUUUAUACAUACUAUAUACUAUGAAUUGUAUAUGGUAGCUGGCACAUGUACAGGAAAGAUUUCCCUUUCUUAGCUACCAUCUCAUAUGAGAAAUAAAAUUAUGAAUUAAUUAUUUUUACCUCAGACCUGGCAUUUGUGUAUUCUUGUAAGCAACCUGGGCCCGAUGAUUGUCGCCUAUGACCAAUUUUUCUCAACUUUUAUUUUCCAAUAAACAUACCGUAAAUCCUUAAAUAAGCAUUGUUCUUGAAUAAGCACGCACUGAAGAUUCCAAAAAACAUUUUAUAAGCGCUCCGGCGCUUAUUAAGGAUUUAUGGUGCAUAUUUUUGCAAAUAAUAAAACCAAUAGUAGAGAAGGAUGUGGAAAAUAGUGAAUACCCCCUUCACACACAAAAAUUGCAUAAUGAACAUAAGUACCA